UUCUUUUCCUACAGCUUUAUCAGCAACAUGGAAACAGGAAACCAAACACAUAUCACAGAAUUCAUUCUCCUGGGGCUUUCAGAAGAGAUGGAAAUGCAGCCCUUUCUCUUUGGGUUGUUUCUGUCCAUGUACUUAAUCACCUUCCUUGGGAACUUUCUCAUUAUCAUGGCCAUUAUCACUGAUUUCCACCUCCACACGCCGAUGUAUUUCUUCCUCUCCAACCUGUCAUUUGUUGAUAUUUGUUUCUCUUCCACCACUGUCCCAAAGAUGCUGCUGAACAUUAAAACUCAGAGAAAAAGCAUAACCUAUGAAGGUUGCCUCAGCCAAAUGUAUUUUUUCAUGUUUUUUGGACAAUUAGAAAACUUCCUCUUGACAGUGAUGGCCUAUGACCGAUUUGUGGCCAUCUGUCACCCACUGCACUACACGGUCAUCAUGAGCCCAAGGCUCUGUGGUCUUUUGCUAGUGGCCUCCUGGACAGUCAGUGCUUUGGAUUCUCUAUUACAUGACUUAAUGAUUUUGCGACUAUCAUUUUGCACAGAGUUGGAAAUUCCCCAUUUUUUCUGCGAACUGAAUCAGGUCGUGCACCUUGCUUGCUCUGACACCUUCUCCAAUGACCUCGUAAUCGAUCUGGCCAUUGGAAUAUUUGGGGUUAUUCUACCCACUGGUAUCUUUUUUUCUUAUUCCAAGAUUAUACUGUCCAUUUUGAAGAUCUCGUCCACAAAGGGCAAGUUGAAAGCAUGUUCCACUUGCGGGUCUCACCUCUCAGUCGUGCUCUUGUUCUAUGGCACAUUUGUUGGGGUGUAUUUUAGUUCUGCUACCACUCAGAACUCCAUGGGAAGUGCAGUCGCCUCGGUGAUGUACACGGUGAUCACACCCAUGCUGAACCCCUUCAUCUACAGUCUUAGGAACAAAGACAUAAAGCAGGCCCUAAAAAAACUCAUCAGCUAG